UUCGAUCACGGGGAAAAAGAUAGACUGUAGAAUGCUAUGUUGGCGACAUUCAGCUAUGGACCGAGUGAAAUAGAGAAAUGUUUUAUGCGUGACACAGGCCAAAUAGUCCAACCUUACUUUGAACAUAUUAAUGAACGAAUAAGGGAUCACAAUUUAAAAACUCAAGGUCAAUACCAUUCUUAAUCGCAACAAGAAAUAUAAGAAGCAUUGCUCCGACGUUCGUCUCGCAUUGAAUUGUUCAUUCAAAGUGAAAAUGCAGCAAAAACUUCUGUCUUCCCAAAUAAUAUUUUUAGGAUUCUUCGUAACGAAUGGCUUACAAGAUGCAAUUAAGUGCGAUGGACUGUGUGUUCCUCUUAAUCAAUGUAAAUCCGACCCAGGUUCAUUCAAUGUAGUGGAUAUUACAGGAGUUGCGGACGUCACAUGUCCUCAUUAUCUUGAGGUGUGUUGCCCCAGAGAAAACAUUAUAUCCGAUAAAACGGACAGCUGUAACAACAAUGCCAUAAAAACAUUCCGUGACUGUGGUAGAAGGAACCAAGAUGGUAUCGGGUUUAGAAUUACGCACGCCAAACAUAACGAAACGGAAUUUGGAGAGUUUCCGUGGGUGGUAGCCAUCCUGCAAGUGGAGGAAACUCAAUCCGAAUCGGCAGAGCCCAACAUCACGCUGCUUUGUGGAGGCUCGCUAAUAGCAUCGAACGUGAUUUUGACCGCCGCACAUUGCGUGAUGAAUCAGAAGGCGGAAAAGUUAGUGGUGCGAGCUGGAGAAUGGGACAUUGCAACUAAUAAUGAAGUUAUUGCGUACCAGGAGCAAAACGUCAAAACAGUAAUUUUUCAUCCUAAUUUCGACCCGGAGCUUCUGUUCUUCGAUUUGGCACUGCUAAUCACGGAAGCAGACUUCUUUGCGGACGAACAUAUCCAGUUGCUAUGCUUGCCACCGCAGAAUAAAGUCUUCAACGAUGACAAUUGCUUCACCACCGGUUGGGGAAAAGUUGAUUUUGCUGCCCAAAGCUACCAAACGAUUCUCAAGAAAAUAGAAGUUCCCAUGGUUCCCAGACAAAACUGCGAGACGUUUCUGAGAGCUACCCAACUCGGGCCCAAGUUCCGACUGCAUGAUUCGUACAUUUGCGCCGGAGGAGAGGAGGGAGUUGAUUCCUGUACCGGUGACGGAGGAUCCCCGUUGAUGUGUCCCGUGCCAGGCUUCAAAAACAAAUAUUUCCAAGCGGGAAUCGUCGCUUGGGGUAUUGGCUGCGGUCAGAAGGAUAUACCGGGGGUUUACGUUAGGGUCAGUUUGUUUACCGAAUGGAUCAAAGAGAAGAUCAACGCAGCGAACCAGAUAAAAUAGCGUAUCUUUUGAAGUGAUAAAUUGUUAAGGUCCAUUAAUUUGUAAUAUCAAAGUUUAUAUUCAGAUAAA